AUGACUCCAGAGGCACGAGCGGAUCUGAACAGAUCGCAUUCCGUUGCAGAGCUGAUCUUGAUUCACAACAUGAAGCAGUUGAGCUCGACCGAUUUCGAGAUCAUUCUUCGGACUCUGGAGAGCCAACGUGAAAUUUCGAGGCUCUGGUUGGAACGACAUCACUCCGCACCAGUGCAAGUCAAACAUGCUGCCUCAAAUCUGUACUCGUCGUUGGGCUUAACAGUUUUCCAUCGACAACAGCCUCACUCAGCAUCCAUCCGCAAAUAG